AUGGCUGCCGAACAAACCGAGCCAUUGCCCCUCAUCUUAGACUUGUACGACCAUGAAGAUGUCGAAGAUCGAUUCUGCGCAGGUUUGUUGAGAACUCUGGUUGAUGGUUCUCAAACUCCAUCCUGGGUCGCCACGGAGCUUGAUACCUGGGUUGUACAUGAAUCCUCGCGCAAGCUGCAGGUACUCCGGGAACGACCUGGCUUCAUAGAGGCAGAUGAUGCCGGCCGUGUGCUCCGUCGUAGCACACCAAAUGCGAGCGGAUAUGUUGAUCACUUUUUCCAAUUAUUCCCUAAUUUGUGUUCUGUUUUUCCCCCAUAUCAUGCAGGGCAGACCAGAAUUGUUCAGUUCCUUGAAGCCUUGAUGGCCAUGCCUGAGCACCAGGCCCCUGAUUACUUUUUAGACGAUGAUGCGCUCAAAGAUGUCCAAAUGAUGUCGCUGUGGUCGGACAAGGGUUACUCAACAGAGGAACUUCGUAUUGGAGCAGACGCUAUUAGAUACCCAGGCUCGGGAAUCGACACUCCAGGUAACGAGGCAGAGGCCCGCUGGCGCAAUUACCAGUCUACUCUAGCGCGCAUCGCCAUCACGGGUUUCAGCGAUUGCGGAUUCAACAGCGCGCUGCGGGAUAUUAUGCCCUACGGUAAAAAAUGUCCCAGUUUCAACGUCCGCAUAACUUCCAAGCCUGAAAAGAUUGGAGGACACAUUCAGGGCGCGGCACAAUGGAUCAUAUGGCCUGACGAGUUGCGCUACGUUUAUGAGCAGUGUGAGAAGAAAGAGAAGGUGGAUAAGGAGAACCCUCGAGAUACAUGGAGUAGGCAAAAUUGGAGAAUAUGGAAAGCACAAUUCGAACUUGCUGCUGAUGACGAGAGGGUUGAUUCACGGGCUCGUACGAUGGCUACCACAGCAGUUGAAAAGAUGAACGCAAUCGAAGAGCAGGGCACAUCCAAAUAA